ACAGGCUCCCCCCCGUCUAUCAUUCCCCCAGUGGAACAGCCUCUACGUUGGUUUUGGUUACCUUUGCUCAAUCAUUCCCAGCACAAGAAAUCAGCCAAGAUGGUUCGCGGCCCCAAGAAGCACCUCAAGCGUCUUAACGCCCCCAAGCACUGGAUGCUUGACAAGCUUGGCGGUACCUUCGCCCCCAAGCCGUCCUCUGGUCCCCACAAGUCCCGCGACUCCCUGCCGCUGGUCAUCUUCCUGCGCAACCGCCUCAAGUAUGCCCUGACCCGCCAGGAGGUCACCUCUAUUGUCAUGCAGCGCCUUGUCAAGAUCGACAACAAGAUCCGCACCGACAUCAACUUCCCCACUGGCUUCAUGGACGUCAUCUCCCUGGAGAAGACCGGUGAGCACUUCCGCCUGCUCCUCGACACCAAGGGCCGCUUCGCCAUCCACGCCAUCAGCGCUGAGGAGGCUGCCUUCAAGGUCUGCAAGGUCAAGGCUGUUGCCAUCGGCACCAAGGGCAUCCCCUACCUGACCACCUCCGACGGUCGCACCAUCCGCUACCCCGACCCCGUCAUCAAGGCCAACGACUCCGUCAAGGUCAACCUGACCACCGGCAAGAUCGAGGAGGUCUACAAGUUCGACUCCGGCGCCCUCGCCUUCGUCACUGGCGGUCACAACAAGGGCCGUGUUGGUGUCAUCGAGAGCCGCGAGCGCCACCCUGGCUCCUUCGACAUGGUUCACAUCCGCGAUGCCCUCGGCCGCCUGUUCGCCACUCGCCUGUCCAACAUUUACGUCAUCGGCAAGGACGCCCAGUCCCCGGCCGUCUCCCUCCCCCGCGGCAAGGGUGUCAAGCUCACCAUCAUUGAGGAGCGCGACCGCCGCCUGGAGAAGCUCCGCGCCGCCUCCGCCUAAGCGUCCGUGUCCCUCUCUCCUCGCCCGUUGUCCGUCGUGUGCGCCGCCCUGCCGCUGUCCUUCCUCCUCUCAUUCCCUCCCCUCGUCGCCUCCCCGGGAAGAGGGGGGCAUUAGAGGAGCUCGGCAUCGUGCGUGGGUGAGCGUGUGUCGGCCCUGCGGCGAGCAGGGCGGGGGUUGGCCCACGCCUGUGCCACCGGUUCUCCCUCCGUGUGUGCCGCGUUGUGGGCCCUCCGCCGCUCUCCUUGCCCGGGUCGCUCUGUGCUGUUCCCCGUUCCCUCGGGGGCAGCAGCGCGCGCUCUCCCGGCGACAGGCAAUGGGCGUGGAUUUAAAACCGGGGUCGGGCUGUUCACUCUGUCCUCCAAUAUUACCUCCCACUCCCGUA